CGCAAUGGUUCACCGGCUAAGGGUUAGUGGUCGUUCUAUAGAUCUAAGUGGUACUGGGAAAAUCUAUAGCAAUUCACAUCAUAAGUGAACAUUGAUGUCUUCUAAUAGCUUAGAGACGUUAAUACGAAUGCCGUGUAUUGUCUUAUUUUCAUUGUACGAAAUGUGAGAACGAAAAAGAAUAACUAAGUUGCAAUGUAUCAAUUAAAUGGGACGAUGCCUAGGAUAUGUCAAAAUAUUCCACUGCGUUCGUGUUUUGCAAGGAAUUUAGCGGUGAAUUAUUGCAAGUUGGAUCGAAAGACUUAUCAGCGACCGGUAUACUUUAAGGGUUCUCAUAAAACAGCUUAUCGGUCUUUGUAUCACGAACAGUAUGAAAAAUCUAUCAGAAAUCCGGAAGAGUUUUGGGAUAAAGCAGCGACGGGUAUUCAUUGGAUGAAGCCAUACGAAAAAGUUGUGCAUAAUAAGAAAUCUCCAUUUACAAAAUGGUUUGUUGGUGGGGAAACCAACACUUGUUUUAAUGCUCUUGAUCGUCAUGUUGAAGCAGGCCAUGGAGAUCAACAUGCUUUGAUUUAUGACAGUCCGUUAAUUGAUACUAUUGAAAAAUUUACUUAUCAAGAUCUGCUGAAUGAGGUCAGCCUCUUUGCUGGUGUUUUGUCAAACUUUGGAUUAUGUAAAGGCGAUCGUGUUGUUAUCUAUAUGCCAAUGAUUCCUCAGGCUGUUGUUGCAAUGUUGGCGUGUAGCCGACUUGGUGUUAUACAUUCAGUUGUUUUUGGUGGCUUUGCUUCAGAAGAACUUGGACGAAGAAUUGAACAUGCUGAGGCAAAAGUUGUGGUGACUGCAUCUUGUGGAAUCGACUCAAAAGGUGUCCUACCUUACAAGCCAUUAGUUGAUGAUGCCAUUAAGUUUUCAAAGCACAAACCACAGAAAUGUGUGGUUUAUCAAAGGGACAUGGAGAAGGCUGAAUUAAUGCCACGUCGUGAUGAAGAUUGGAAUGAUGUUAUGGCAAAAGCAUCUCGAACAGAGUGUGUUCCAUUGCCCGCCACUGAUCCACUUUAUAUAUUAUAUACUUCAGGAACCACGGGCGACCCGAAGGGAAUUGUUCGUCCAUCUGGCGGUCAUGCAGUUGCUUUGAACUGGUCAAUGAAACAUAUUUAUGGAGUAAAACCAGGCGAGGUAUGGUGGGCAGCAUCUGAUCUUGGAUGGGUUGUGGGACAUUCCUACAUUGUCUAUGCUCCCUUGUUGGCGAGAAGUACUUCAAUACUUUUUGAGGGCAAACCUGUUGGUACUCCUGAUGCUGGUGCUUUUUUUCGUGUGAUAGAACAACACAACGUUUGUGGUUUAUUUACAGCACCGACAGCCAUUCGAAUGAUUAGAGCUGAGGAUCCAAAUGGUGAAAUCAUAAAAAAGUACAACUUAUCGCACUUUCGUAACCUGUUUGUUGCUGGCGAGCAUUGUGACAGUGACACUCUUGAAUGGGCCAGCGAUACAUUACAAUGUCCAGUUUAUGAUCAUUGGUGGCAAACAGAAACUGGCUGGCCAAUAACAGCCCACACAACUGGUCUUGGUGGUAUAGCACCGGAACAUUUGAAAACUACUGGAAGACCUGUUCCUGGUUUUGACGUUCAUGUUGUCAAACCUGAUCUUACUCCUUGUAAAACCGGAGAAAUGGGGCAAGUUGUUAUACGCUUGCCUUUACCUCCUGGUGUUGCGUCAUCACUGUGGAAAAAUGAUGAAAGAUUCGUAGAAAGCUAUUUUGAAAAGUAUCCGGGUUACUAUGAUUCUAUGGAUGAAGGUAUCAUGGACACCAAUGGAUGUAUUUCAAUAAUGACUCGGGGUGAUGACGUUAUAAAUGUAGCUGGUCAUCGUUUGUCUACAAAGGCUAUUGAAGAGGCUAUACUUAAAGAUAGUGAUGUAAUUGAUGCUGCUGUUGUUGGCCUUGAUGACACUAUUAGAGGUCACGUGCCUUUUGCAUUUGUCGUUCCAAAACAAGGUGUUGAAGUUUCUCAUAGUGAUAUUGUCAAGAAUGUUGUACAUUCUGUUCGUGAGCAUCUAGGACCUGUCGUUGCAUUUAAGAAAGCUAUUGUUGUUCCAGCAUUGCCCAAGACUAGAUCUGGAAAAACAUUACGUUCUCCUUUGCAAAACAUUGUUAAUAUGAAGCCUUAUAAGUUGCCUGGUACCGUGGAAAAUCCUGAGAUUUUACCCGUGAUAAAAGAUUUGUUAAAAGAUCAAGAUUAUCACGAGAAAAACUAAAGAUUCAUCACAUAUGCAAUCGUGUAAGCUAUACUACUCCAAUUCAUCCCGAUCCUGUUACUUAAGGUUUUCUUGGAUGUGCUGGUUCUACUUCAAUAAUAUGUAAGAACAUAUUGGAUUCACUCUUUGACUAUGAAAAAUCUAGAAACAACGCAAUAAGUUUUAAGGAUGAUUUUUAUUUGGAAAUAAUUACAUAAGAAUACGUAAAGCCGAAGCUCCAGUGUAUAGACGAUAUUUAAUGCAAAGUUUUAAUGCUA